AAAAAAAAUAAAUCAGCUUUGUUCGUACUUGGCAGGGCUCAAAACGACGUCUCAUGUGAAUUGUGAAAACCAGCAGUCCACCUCCACCACACCAGACACACCAGUUCGAUUGUUUUCUUGUUAUUUCAGUUAGAGACCCAAAAGAGAAAAUUCCAAGAAAUAAAUAAACCACGCGACACGUUUCACAGAAAGACAAAGAAAGAGAGUCAUGGAGACUGCGAUAUGUGGGAGACUACCUCUCUCUCCCAACCACGUCUUCAAUCCUAAACCAGCAGGAGACAGACACCCUCUUUGUAAAGGACCAUGCAUCAAUCUUGGCAUUCCUAUGGCUGUAUCAGCAACAGGACCUGGUAAAGGAGGAGGGUUGUUGGAAAGGCCAGUUAUAGAAAAAACAACUCCUGCGCGUGAUUCUGAGUUUGAUUUGAGGAAAUCAAGGAAAACAGCUCCUCCAUACCGUGUAAUUUUGCACAACGACAACUACAACAAACGGGAAUACGUUGUGCAAGUACUGAUGAAGGUUAUCCCAGGGAUGUCCCUUGAUAAUGCUGUUAAUAUUAUGCAAGAAGCACACCAUAAUGGCUUGUCAAUAGUGAUCAUAUGUGCUCAGGCGGAUGCUGAAGAACACUGCAUGCAACUGAGGCACAAUGGGCUUCUGAGUUCAAUUGAACCUGCAAGUGGCGGCGGAUGUUAAUGACAUGCAUGGUAGAACCCAAUUGCUCUGAAGAAUUGCCUCUGAGCUUCAGAUGCUGUAUAUAAUCCCAGUGCCCAUAUUUUUAUGAAUCUUGGUCAUCCUGUGGUCUCAUUAAGACAAGAGAGAUGGUGGUAAAAUAAAAAGUGGCUCGGUUUAAAGUAUGAAUUUGGACUAUUUUCCCGAGUUACAGUGGCCUGCUGCUUACAUGGUGCUUUUCUAAUUUGGUGCUUUACAUUUAAUCAACUUGUUUACUUGCUGACCACAUUCAUGACACACACUCUCACUGUCGUGAAAAACGUGGUAUCUUAAGAUUAACACGUGAUUAUGAGCCUUGUUACAAGGGAUUUAGACUGAGUUUAGGUGGAAGUGUGGACUCUCAGAAUUUUUACAUGUGGUCCGGCAACUGUAAUCUCAUUUGACCAUGUUGUUCGGUCUUGAUUUAUGCGUGCUAGUUUAGUUUGUUAUUGUGGACCAUACUAUGAGCUCCUGUUCUUCCUAUUAGUCCAAAUUCACUGUAAAAAUUUGGGUGUUUUCA